AGCGGGGUGCGGCCAGGGGCGCGGGCCGGGAGGGCCCCCGUGCACAGGGCGGGCGCCGGCGAGGGGCGAGGGGGGCCGUCCGGCCGGCCUUGGGGUCUCCAUGCCUCGGCCGCGCCCUGCUCCGCAGCCAACCGCCGGCCAACUGUAGCCAUGGCCGCCGUUGCCGUCCUCCGGAACGACUCGCUGCAGGCCUUCCUCCAGGACCGCACCCCCAGCGCCUCCCCGGACCUGGGCAAGCACUCACCCCUGGCGCUGCUAGCCGCCACCUGUAGCCGUAUCGGCCAGCCGGGCGCUGCGGCGCCCCCGGACUUCCUGCAGGUGCCCUACGACCCAGCGCUGGGCUCGCCCUCCAGGCUCUUUCACCCGUGGACCUCCGACAUGCCGGCGCACUCGCCGGGCGCGCUGCCGCCCCCACACCCCAGCCUGGGGCUGACGCCGCAGAAAACGCACCUCCAGCCGUCCUUCGGGGCGGCGCACGAGCUACCGCUCACCCCCCCUGCCGACCCCUCGUACCCUUACGAAUUCUCACCCGUCAAGAUGCUGCCCUCCAGCAUGGCGGCGCUGCCCGCCAGCUGCGCGCCUGCCUACGUGCCCUACGCGGCCCAGGCCGCGCUGCCGCCCGGCUACUCCAACCUGCUGCCCCCGCCGCCCCCGCCGCCGCCUCCCACGUGCCGACAGCUGUCCCCCAACCCAGCCCCCGACGACCUCCCAUGGUGGAGUAUCCCGCAGGCGGGCACCGGCCCGGGGACCGCCGGGGUCCCGGGGGGCAGCCUGUCGGGAGCCUGUGCCGGCGGGCCCCACGCGCCCCGCUUCCCCGCCUCCGCGGCCGCCGCCGCCGCCGCCGCGGCCGCCGCCCUCCAGCGGGGCCUGGUGUUGGGUCCGUCGGACUUUGCGCAGUACCAGAGCCAGAUAGCCGCGCUGCUGCAGACCAAGGCCCCCCUGGCGGCCACGGCCAGGAGGUGCCGCCGCUGCCGCUGCCCCAACUGCCAGGCGGCGGGCGGCGCCCCGGAGCCCGAGCCGGGCAAGAAGAAGCAGCACGUGUGCCACGUGCCGGGCUGCGGCAAGGUGUACGGCAAGACGUCGCACCUGAAGGCGCACCUGCGCUGGCACACGGGCGAGCGGCCCUUCGUGUGCAACUGGCUCUUCUGCGGCAAGAGCUUCACGCGCUCGGACGAGCUGCAGCGGCACCUGCGGACUCACACGGGCGAGAAGCGCUUCGCCUGCCCCGAGUGCGGCAAGCGCUUCAUGCGCAGCGACCACCUCGCCAAGCACGUCAAGACGCACCAGAACAAGAAGCUCAAAGUCGCCGAGGCCGGCGUCAAGCGGGAGGACCCACGGGAUCUGUGAGCCCAGCCGGGGGCGAGUCUAGGCCUUUCCCGCCUCUCACUCCCCACCACCUCUACGGGGAGGAGGGGGGGCGGGCCUGGGGGCCUGUGGGCAGCUGGCCGAAGGGAGUCCCAACGGAGGCACUUGCCCCUUCCUGCUGUCUGCCUCCAGCUUCCCUGGCCCGGCCGGCGGAAGGGGACCCCUGUGCCCAGGAGAAGCAGGGGAGGUAGGGCGGAGGGCUCUGCGCCACGAAAGGGCGGUUUCGAGCUCUGAACCAUUCCCACCGUUUGGGGGGACUGCCCUGAGCUGACCUGUGUAUAGGAAACGUUGCUGAAUCAAAGCGGAGGAACCUUGGGAGAGUUGAAAUAGUGCUGGGUUUUUGUUUUUUUUGUUUUUUUUUGUUAGGAUAGGGCCCGGCUUUGUACAGGUUAUUUAAUAGCUUUGUUAAAGAAUAAUUAUAAUAAUUACAUUAAUAAAAAUGUUACUUUUGUCCUCAGCUCCAUGCAGAGCUACAGCAUGAAAUGUCUAUGUAAAGCAAUCAGCCUUUGCAACGUGAAAAUAAAUACGUUAACUCCGGGGGUCACCUCGGGAAGACCC